CUUGCACUACUGUGACCUAGACAAGUGCCAGGUCUAACACAGACCGAGCAGGUCUGAGAGCACAACAGGUCUCAACUGCCUUCGUCAUGCCCAGCCAAGUUUUUGUAUCCAUCCCACCUGCGCUCCAGAAGUUUUUGUCGGAGAGCACGGUCGAUGGAGCUCGAGAGCUGUCGGAACAGACGGCGGCCGAUCUGGACGAGCUGUACAGGCUCGCCGAGGAGCACCAAAAGCUCACCAAGGAGCCCGUGAAGAUGCACGAACUCCUCAGCGGCUGCGAGGUCGUGGACCGGCUUGAGGCACCUGUCCUGAACGAGGACGGAGAGCCACUCAGCGAGUUGCAGCAGAUGAGAGCUGCCUCACAGGAACGCGCCUAUCAGCGCAUGGUGGACGGUGUCGCCCCGUUGACUGGGCGCACGAAGACACAGCCAUUGCCGCAUCAGCAAGGCCUUCGCUUCGCCACAAACUUUGGCACCCAGGUCAUCGUCGCCUUCAUUGGUGCCUUUCUGCUCGGGUACUACUUUGUGGAGACCUUUGUAGCACCUGAGAGCUUCAACGCCAAGGUCAUUGCGGGGGCGGGCUGCUCCUUCGCUACCUUGCUCUUGGAGACCAUGCUGCUGGUGGUCCAUGAGCAGAAGCAGAGCAUGGUGGAAAAGAAGCGAGAAAAGGAGACGCAGAAGAGCCAGAAGAGCUUCAGGAGAAAGGUCGUGGCAGUCCAGACUGAGGCGCCCAAAAAUGCUGAAGAGAAGAAGGAUGAUUGACCAGGGUGGCCCCCAUUUGGCGAGAAUAACGCAGAUGACCAGGGUAUAUUGGAUGUGGAGAUUGAUGUCAACUUCCACUAGUUUGACGUGGUAUACUUUGGAGUUUUAUGUUAAACAAGCUGGGGUGCCUUCCAGCUGGGGACCACCCUGAUUGAUUGGGCGAGUUGCAAAAGUGAUUGCAGUUGUCAAGCUUUGCGGCAACAGACACAUUAGUUAUGGUCACCAAUCGGGCGGAACUCUCAGAGACAGCCGUAAAGCCAA